AUGGUAGCGCGAAAGGCGAGGAAGAUCCACUGCUUCUCUAAGGGACAUGAGAAUGUCCAGCAAUCGUGUUGCUCAAUCUUCAAUGUCGAGUACACGACGUAUCAGUUCUGUCUGUCGGAUGGGUCGCACAAGUGGACUAUCCAGAAGAGAUACAGCGACUUCGACGUGCUCGAUCGGGAGCUUCAGACCGCGUACCCCAAGCGCAUGCUCAAGGUCGAUCGGCUUCCUGCCAAGGCGACUUUCGGGUCCAUGAGCCCCUCCAGGAUCAUUUCAAGGGAGAAAAGCUUCGACGCCUAUCUCAAGCAACUCCUCAAGGACGCUGAGCUUGUCGUGAGCCCGGAGCUCCGCGAGUUCCUGGAGAUCCCCCUGGAAGCAGCGAUAUCGGAUGAUGAGGGGGAAGCAGCCAACAACAGCGACGGAAGCAAAAGUGACCCGUCGGACUCGCUCUCGGCUGCCCUGACGACUCCGGGGAGCUCAGGAAGGAUGCUGUCAUGGCAGGCCGAGGCUGAAGCGAAGUGGGGAGAGGGGAGGCUGAGCGUGCAGUGA